AUGUCCCCCCAUCUGAAAUGGUCCUCAGAAUCGCUCCCUUCGCUUGAGGGACGGACUUAUGUAGUGACGGGCGGCAACACCGGUAUUGGCUGGUGGACAGUCUAUCAUCUGGCAUUGCACGGCGCAACGGUAUACCUGAUCUCUCGCUCGUCAGAGAAAGGCACCUCGGCAGUCGCGUCAAUUACGGCUUCAAUCAAGCAGACCAAACCCGAACUUGUGCCCAGAAUCCACCUGCUUCUGAUGGACCACAUGUCCCUGAAGUCGGUCGUGGCCGCGGCGAAGCACAUCCGCUCGCAAUGCACCAGCUUACACGGCAUUGUCAACUCCGCAGGGAUCAUGGCCACGCCCUUCCAACUCAGCGAGGAUGGCUACGAGGCACAGUGGCAGACCAACUACCUCGCUCACUGGCUCCUCACCUACCACCUGCUACCACUGAUGACGGCGACGGCUAGCACGUCUCCCUUGGGGACCGUACGCGUCGUCAAUGUCAGCUCCAUGGGCCACGCGGCCACCUUGAAAGAAGGCAUCGAUUUCGAGGACACGAGUCUGGAGAACCACUUUACCUUCCGUCGCUACGCGCAGAGCAAAUUGGCCAACAUUUUGCAUGCACAAGCUUUGCAUGCCCGGUACAACUCGCCCAUAGCCGCAGAAGGCCACCCGCACAUUUGGGCCGUCUCUUUGCAUCCGGGCAACAUCGACACGCAGUUGAACAAGAGAUCCUGGGGUGGGUCGACUCUGGUGCCGCUUCUGAGAUGUAUGGGAGCCUACAUCGAGCCUGAGCAAGGGAGCUUCAAUUCGCUGUGGGCAGUCGCGGGGAAGGAGAUGACGAAGGAGAUGUCGGGCGGUUAUUUUGUGCCCGUGGGUGAAAGAAAGACGCCCAGUAAACAAGCGCAGGAUUCGACCUUAGCCGACAGGCUUUGGGACUGGACUGAGCGGGAGAUGAGGGAAAAGGGCUUCUUAGAGAUGAGAUAA